ACUCCAGGAUGAAAACACAAACAUCUUCAGCCGCACUUUUCUCUGAGACACUUUGGACUCUCCAGAUCUGCUCAGUGGCUUCAUGCGUCGGCUCCUCCUGAGGGUCUGAGAUCACAUGAACCUGGACUGAGCAUGGAUCAGAGAGAGACCAGAGAGGACGGAGCCCCUCCCUCUAUAAAAGCUCACAGACCUGCUCCUGGGGCCAGAGCCGUCUCAUUCAAGAGUGAGGACUCUAUAGGACGAUUGAUUAAUUUUAAAAGAAAACAUGGUCCAGAGAUCCACCAGAAACAUCCUCCAUCUGAACCUGGUCCCAUCUGUGAGUCCCUCAAGAGUGACAUGUCUAAGGACUGUCCAAUUGGUUUUGCCACAGAAGCAGUGGAGCAGCAGGGUCCAGAGGUCUCCAGUGGUCAGCACCAUCAGACACAGCUGGACUCCAUAUUUAAGCUUCUGGAGGAGGACAUCUUCACUUUUGUCCAGAAGGAGCUGAAGAAGCUCCACAAGGUUCUGAGUACAGAUUACCCAGAAUGCUCAGAGCCUGUGAAGGAUGAAGAGCAGAGGAGCAGCAGUGAGGCUGUUCUGAAGAUCACACUGAACUUCCUGAGGAGGAUGAAGCAGAAGGAGCUGGCUGAGCGUCUGUGGAGCAGGAGUUAUUCUGGAGUUUGUCAGCGUAAACUGAAGUCUAACCUGCAGCAGAAGUUUGAGUGUGUGUUUGAGGGCAUCGCUAAAGCAGGAAACCCCACCCUUCUGAAUCAGAUCUACACAGAGCUCUACAUCACAGAGGGAGGGUCUUCAGAGGUCAACCAGGAACAUGAGGUCAGACACAUGGAAACAGCCUCCAGGAAACCAGACCCAGCAGAGACACCCAUCACAUGUGAAGACAUGUUUAAAGGCCCAGCUCACACACAUGGACCAAUCAGAACAGUGCUGACAAAGGGAGUGGCUGGCAUCGGGAAAACAGUGCUCACUCAGAAGUUCAGUCUGGACUGGGCUGAAGGCAAAGCCAACCAGGACAUACAGCUGCUGUUCCCGUUCACUUUCAGAGCACUCAAUGUGCUGAAGGAGAGAAGCUUCAGCUUGGUGACACUUGUUCAUCACUUCUUUAGUCAAACACAAACAGAACUCUGCAGCUUUGAAGACCUCCAGCUGCUCUUCAUCUUUGAUGGUCUGGACGAGUGCAGACUUCCUCUGGACUUCACCAAAACCAAGGCCCUGACCGACCCCACAGAGUCCACCUCACUGCACGUGCUGCUGGUAAACCUCAUCAGGGGGAGCCUGCUUCCCUACGCUCGCCUCUGGAUAACCACACGACCUGCGGCGGCCAAUCUGAUCCCUGCUGAGUACGUCUCCAUGGUGACAGAGGUCAGAGGGUUCAACGACGCACAGAAGGAGCAGUACUUCAGGAAGAGGUUCAGAGACGAGGCAGACACAAUCAUCUCCCACAUCAAGACGUCCAGAAGCCUCCACAUCAUGUGCUACAUGCCAAUCUUCUGCUGGAUCGCUGCCACAGUCCUGGAGCAUGUGUUGAAAAGCAGAAAGAGAGGAGAGCUGCCCAAGACCCUGACUCAGAUGUACAUCCACUUCCUGGUGGUUCAGGCCAAACUCAAAAACAUCAAGUAUGAAGAAGGAUCUGAGACAGACCCACACUGGAGUCCACAGACCAGGAAGAUGGUGGAGUCUCUGGGAAAACUGGCCUUUGAGCAGCUGCAGAAAGGAAACCUGAUCUUCUAUGAGAGUGACCUGAGGGAGUGUGGACUGGACGCUGCAGCGGCCUCAGUGUACUCUGGAGUGUUCACACAGGUCUUUAGAGAGGAGCCAGGCCUGUACCAGGACAAGGUCUACUGCUUCAUCCAUCUGAGUGUGCAGGAGUUUCUGGCUGCUCUUCACGUCCAUCAGACCUUCAUCAACACUGGGAUCAAUUUACUAGUGGAGAAAAAGUCUCUAAUCUCCUUUUUAAAGUAUUACAUAAUUUACAGUGAUCCACUCAAGUUCUAUCAGACAGCUGUGGACCAGGCCUUACAGAGUCCAAAUGGACAUCUGGACCUGCUCCUCCGCUUCCUCCUGGGUCUUUCACUGUCGACCAAUCAGAGCCUCCUACAAGGUCUGCUGACACCGACAGAAAAGAGCUCCAAGACCAAUCAGGAAACAGCUGAGUACAUCAAGAAGAAGCUGAGUGAGGAUGUGUCUGCAGAGAGGAGCAUCAACCUGCUCCACUGUCUGAAUGAACUGAAUGAGCGUUCUCUGGUGGAGCAGAUCCAACAGUACCUGAGGUCAGGACGUCUGUCUAAAGCUAAACUGUCUCCUGCUCAGUGGUCAGCUCUGGCCUUCAUCUUACUGUCAUCAGAAGAAGAUCUGGAGCAGUUUGAGCUGAAGAAAUACUCUGCUUCAGAGGAGGCUCUCCUGAGGCUGCUGCCAGUGGUCAAGGCCUCCAACAAAGCUCUACUGAGCAGCUGUAACCUGUCAGAGAGAAGCUGUGAAGCUCUGUCCUCAGUCCUCAGCUCCCAGUCCUCUAGUCUGACAGUCCUGGAUCUCAGUCUCAACGACUUGAAGGACUCAGAGCUGGAGAUGUUGUCUGUUGGUCUGAAGAGUCCUCACUGUAAACUGGAACAGCUCAGUCUGUCCCUCUGUGGACUGUCCCCUCACAGCUGUGGGCCUCUGUCCUCAGUCCUCAGCUCCUCCAGUCUCACACACCUGGAUCUCAGUCACAACGACCUCCAGGACUCAGGAGUGGAGCUGCUGUGUUCUGGACUGAAGAGCGCCCCCUGCAGACUGGAGACGCUCAGGCUGUCUGGAUGUCUGGUCUCACAGAGGGGCGGGGCUGCUCUGGCCUCAGCUCUGAGCUCCGCCCCCUCCCACCUGAGAGAGUUAGACCUGAGCUACAACCAUCCAGGACCCUCAGCCGAGCUCCUGACCGCUCUACAGGACCAGCGCCCCCUGCUGUCUGUCAGACUGGAGUAUGCUGGAGCUGUGAGGUUAACACCAGGACUCAGAAAGUAUUUCUGUGAUCUCACUCUGGAUCCAAACACAGCUCACAGAAAACUCAAACUGUCUCACAACAACAAGAAGGUGACACAUGUGACAGAGGAGCAGCCGUAUCCAGAUCAUCAGGACAGAUUUGUCUACUGUCCUCAGAUUCUGUGUUCCACUGGUCUGACUGGUCGCUGUUACUGGGAGGUCCAGUGGAGUGGAAGGGUUUAUAUAUCAGUGUCUUACAGAAGCAUAAGAAGGAAAGGAAACAGUGACAGUUUGUUUGGAGACAAUGAUCAGUCCUGGAGUCUGUUCUGUUCUGAAGGUCGUUUCUCUGUUUAUCAUAAUAAGAAACGCACUCUCCUCCCUCAGUCCUGUUCCUCUUCUGGGACAGUCUCAGUGUUUGUGGACUGUCCUGCUGGCUCUCUGUCCUUCUACACAGUCUCCUCUGACCAACUGACCCACCUCCACACCUUCAACACCACAUUCACUCACACUCUGUUCUCUGGGUUUAGUCUCUGGUCUCACUCCUCAGUGUCUCUGUGUCCGACAGACUCACCCUCCUCUGUGUAAAAUACAACAGUCAAAUCUGGAGAAAAAUCACUUUGGAAAUGUUGAUUUUAUUUUGACUUCAUUUGACCAGAGAUUUAUUUUAUAAUGUUUUAUUUCCUCUAAAAGACAAAGUGCACAGACACAUCAUGUAGUAGUAGUAGUAGUAGUAGUAGUAGUAGUAGUAGUAGUAGUAGUAUUAGUAGUAGUAUUAGUAGUAGUAUUCGUAGUCGUAGCAGUUUUGCUCUUGUUUUUCCUCAUCACAAACAUCUAAUGCUCUUGUUUUUAGCCUGAUUUACUCUGCCUCACACUGUGACACUUCCACAUGACCCUUAAAUGUUCUUCUCUUUAUUUAAAUUCAAAUACACUGUCAGUCAAAUAUCUCUAAGUGUUUUAUCGACUUACACCUGUUGAUUUUAUUAUUAUUUUUUAUAGUCUAAAUUUAUAUCUCAUUAACAUAUUUCAUAUUUUUUCAUCACAAUUUAAAUAUUUGUGUUUGAUUUACUCUGUGUGAGUCUCAAGCUGUAAAUAUAUUGUAUUAUUACUAUAGAAUAAUGAGUAAAACACAUUAUAAACUGUAUCUAAGCCUGUUUUUGGUGUGUACAGUAGUUUUUAUGUCUAUUGGAUAAACCUUUGCUAAUGUGCUAAUAGUAAAUAAAUGGCCUUAGAAAUCCUUCACCUUC